CGUGUGGAAGGCCCUUAGCAGGGUCGGCUGCUGUGACCGAAAUCUUCAACUGCAGAAGAUGGUGUCCUUGGUCGGUCGUUCUGGGUUUUUGUACCCUUACUUACACACAACUAACUUUAUCAUAUCCAGACCCCUGACAGCUGUAGUUCCUGCAGCUGUAAACUCGGGAGAUGCCUUGGUGAAUCAGAGAAAAUCUGCCAGAAGUCAGUCUGUCUCAGGUCUUCUGCAUGGACAUUUUGGAGUGCGUUUUGCACACACUGAUAUCAGGAUCCCUGACUUCUCUGACUAUCGUCGUCCUGAGGUACAGGAUCCUAAAGCGUCCUCACAAGAGAGCAGCGAGGCUCGCAGGGCUUUCUCCUACCUGAUCACUGGCUCCACUGCUGUGGUGGGGGUUUACGCCGCCAAGACAGCGGUUACUCAGUUCAUCUCUUCCAUGAGCGCCUCUGCAGAUGUCCUGGCCUUGUCCAAAAUUGAGAUCAAGCUGAGCGAUAUUCCAGAGGGGAAGAACAUGACAUUCAAAUGGAGAGGAAAGCCCCUGUUUGUUCGCCACAGAACCGAGAAGGAGAUCGCAACUGAGGCUAACGUGGAUCUGUCAGAGCUCCGCGACCCACAGCACGACACAGACCGAGUCGUCAAACCUUCCUGGGUCAUCGUCAUUGGGGUGUGCACUCAUCUUGGCUGCGUUCCUAUCGCAAACGCUGGGGAGUACGGCGGUUACUACUGCCCCUGUCACGGCUCACAUUACGACGCCUCUGGGAGGAUCAGGAAGGGACCUGCACCCCUCAACUUAGAGGUGCCGUACUAUGAGUUUCCUGAUGAAGAUACAGUGGUCGUUGGUUAGAUGUGGACGUUUCCUAAUUGCUAAAUAUUAGUAUGUGUGUCUGGCCAAACUAAUAAAUAUUUUAAACCACUCAAA